GCUUGUUUAUGCACGAUAGUAAAAAACGCUUCAAUGAGCAAGACAAAUUUUUACCUGCGAAGAAAAAUGGCGGUGUUGCAAACUGCCCGAGUGUUAUUGUUGUUUUUCCUACCUGUGAUGGUGUGGGGGUCGUGCAACAUCCCAGCCUACUUUCACGGUGACUGGUACAGUCGAGAAUCGGGUACAGACAUCAAAACUCUGGUCAAUGCCGACAAGUGGGACAGUAAUGAGGAUGAAACGCAGCUAGAGUGUGUGGACAUUUUCAUCCACUCCAACCCCGGGCUUCAGCAAGACGGAAACAAUGUGACUAUGCUUAUGGUCAAAACGGGAGGGACUAAUUUGAACACAUGCUACAUGUGUGUUGAUGUCUUGUGGAGAACUCCAAACAUUCUACAAUAUAGACAAGAGGACUGUAUAACAGCGCGGUCAGGGAGCCAGAUUUCGCUGAACGAUUCCUGUAAGUCAAUGAACCCUUGGUACGGGCUUCCCAGCAUUGAUGUCACUUUCACCAUGUUCAAACAAUCCCUAGAGAAGAUUAACUGUGUAACAACAUUUGAGGGGGUGUAUCAGUUUUCCUAUGAAGUGGAUACCGGUGGUGGAGGUAUCUGUAACCACCCAGACAGCCAGAUCAAAGCUUGCCAAGAACCUGGAUCUAAAUAUGUCGACAACGAGGUGUUUGUCAUGACGUAUCGGAAGUGCCUUGAUGUGUCGACGUCAAAAAAUGAACAGAUUCGGUACCAGUGUAUGGGUUCGUGGUUCGCGGUGAGGAGUGGAAUCGGCUACACCUAUGCUGCUGUUGCUGACACCGUGGAACAGGAUACCAGAGAAAAAUUCAAGUGCAUGAUGACAUUGAAGAACCAGAAAGAUGCCAACAAUCAGAUCCGAUGGGUCAUGUCUCGUUUCCCCGAUUGCACAAGUUUGAGUGGCGUUUACAGGGGUCCACUCAAAUUAGUUUUAACCAGAAUUGCUCCUCCCACCCAAUAUAUGAUUCCCCGAUGUAAUCUGCCGAGAGACAUUGCUGGGAAGUGGUUCACCCAGGGACCAGAGUUCAAGUCCAAUGUGGCUGUGAAUGAAACACACAUCCAUUUCAACACUGGGCUGAAUGAGUUUGAGUUUCAGGAUGCUUUUUACUCUUGCCAGCAAACUUUAGGAACUCGCUACUUGAUGACAAAAGUGUUGGUUGGAAAAUGUGAAGUGGACUUUGUGUGUAUGGAUAUCGUGCCAAGACAUCACAGCAUUGUCAGAUACCGCAUAGGUAAACCAGCUCGCCGUCUCUCGGACAAAGAAUUACAGGACGCCAAUUACCUGGAAACCGUGUUCCGUGACGCCUGCAGUUGGAUGUCCUUCACCUUCAACCGAGACAUCAUAGACUGGAAAUAUGAAGUGCUUAUUCAAAACCCCCCUACUCCCUACCCCUGUCCCGUGGGAGGCCGUUACAACUUUGUGCAGCAUGCUGAUAAGGAGAACGAGAAAUACCAGACCAGAAUCCGUGGCGUGACCCAGAAACCUCGAGUACAGGUGGACUGUCGUAUUGUGGUGUCGGAGAUGAAGUCCUGCAGUAACGAUCUGACCAAGAUCUUUGUGGACGCUGAAUACUGUGAAACUGUGGACUACAGAGGGAGACCUAUUGGAGAAUAUGAUGUAUCUGACCACGAGCUGACCUGUGUUGGCUUCUGGAUGGAGGACUACAAGUCGUACCUUGUCACAUGGGAUGAAGAGGACGCCAUUUCCAGCUUCAGAUGCUGGGUGUAUGAGCGAGCUAGCUGGACCACAUUACACAUGUCUCGAGCACAGAACGCCCGAUGUAACAAGAAACAGGAAGCUCUGGACUAUCAGAUGGCUGGCACGGGGCUGAUGCUGGAAAUGAUCGAGAAUGAAAGACUCUUUGAUAAUUGUCCGCAGCGCUUCGACUCCGGAGUGAAUCCUUACAAGCUGCCCAACACUAUCUGGGUGUUGAACACUGCUGCUGGAGUCAGGGUCGGCCAUUGGAUUUACUCGCUGACCUUGGCCGUGAUCUGUUUACUGGUGCUCAGAUAAUACUGGUACCCAUCGUUAUUAUGGAUGUAUGUGUGUGUCUACGGAGUAAUAUUAGUCCAAUGUUUAACCAAGUGAAUGUACCAGAAUGCGAACUUGUAUAACAGAUAUAUGGGGAGUGAAUGUUUGAGAAGUAUGUGUGUUUAAGUGUGUGAGAGAGUGUGCAAGCCAGUGCAUCAUAUUUAAUAAUACAUGUACAGUGUGUGUACGUAGAUCAGAUCCCAGCCAUUUUAUGUCCUAUAUGUAUUUGCAUAUCAUUUUUAAAUAUUUCUAAUCAGUAUGUAUAUAUGGAGAGUAAUGCUUAUGAUCAAUACGUUUUAGUGAAAUAAUGAAUUCAAAAGACAGGUCCAACUUUUAACAAUGUGGAAAUAAAACUUGUACAUUCCAUAUUUCUUUAUUCCAUUUUUACCAACUAACAUAUCGUAUUAACAUAUCAAGUUUAUUAGAGAAUUUGUACAUUUACAUCCUAGCAAUUCUUUGGUUGUGUAUCCCAUUAUCUGAUGGAGAUGUAUGUUUAUCAUUAGUGCCAUUUGUGAUGUGAUUUUUUGGGAUUCUUACACAAUAUUAUCUUGUACAUGUGCAGCAAAUUAUGUCUAUGAGAUAAGUAAAUUUUCUGAGAGACAUAAAACAUUCAAAAGGUUGUUACAACUGUAAUAUUACAACGGCAAUACUGUAAUAUUGUUGAGGGACCUUGUGGAACUGUUUGUGUGAGGCAAUGUCAGUUUAUAAACUUCAUUCCAUUAUUAUGAUUAUUAUUACGUGUGAUAUCCACAUUUUUGUACAUGUAUUUGUAAAUAGUCUUUGUCUAUUUUUACCUAAUUAUUCCCUGUAUGUAUAUUUUUGUACAUGUAUAUCAUUCCAUUAACAUUUAUUAAUACAUUGUAUGCAACUUUUUAGCAAGAAAUUCAGAUGAAGGAAUGUUUUAUAUGGUUUACAAAUAAAUUCCAACCAAAAAUUA